AUAUACGCGUGCGUUUCACGGCAAUUGUAAAUAUUUGAGUGUUAAUCGCGACCGCAGCGAGGCGCCAGCGUGCGGAGCCGCUAGCCGUCAGAACAAACAGGCCUGAGGCCUGACUCGGGUCGGAACGUCGGACGUACCGCAGACACCGCAGUCGCGGGAAAUCGCGUGUCGCGUGACGGUGGUUGACGGUUGUCAGCAGCGUCGAGGCGGUCGUCUACUGACUGUGACUGUGGGUGCACGUGCGCGCGCGCGCGCACACACACACGCACACGAUUUACGGUUCGUCGCUUUCGAAACGUCGCCUUGGUCGCCUUUGUCGCCUUUGUCGCGCGAAAUGUAAAAAGUCACCCAUCGUCUCUUUCAUUUGAAUGCGAUCUCGAGAAUACGUGUACGCGCGAGGACGUUCACUUUCUCACGGUGCCUUGGAGAGUUUGGAGAGCGGACGAGAGUUUGGUGCGCGGGUAACGUCGUCGCGUCGGCGUCGGCGUCGGCGUCGGUGCCGCGCUCUCGCACGCGCACGCGGGUCGUUGCACUUCCGACCGCGUGCUCUAUGUGUUCCGCGACCUUUGUACCUCGUCUAUUUCUCGGAACGUUCGGCGCGUUCGACGCGAACGAUGUUGUUGGAUCGUGACGGGGACUAUGGUGAACGUAGGAGCGGGAGCGGGAGCGAGGGUCGUUCCUCGGCCGGGAAGACGUAGAGACGUCAAGUGCUAACAAUAAGCGAAGAAGCUCCGAAGUCGGAGCCCGGCGCGGCGACUCGCGCGAUCGAGUCCACCGAGAGUCCCGAGUCCCGAGAAUGAUCUUCACCGGCAGAUCGGUGGACGCUCUCGACGAGGUGCGCGGUGCUAGCGGGGCGGCGCGGGCGGGUGAUAUCCAGCCGGACGGCGCCGGCGGGCGCCGAGAGGUGAGCGCCGUCGCUAUCGCGGCCGGAUGGUUCUCCAGUUUACGCAGACCCGGCAAAAGGAAGAAGAACUAUCAGAAGCAAGCUAAGAGUGCCUGGGACCUCAGCGUCUUGUCCACCACGCAACUGAAAGAUGAAUUGGGCGAGGUUGUGGCAGAAAUGGAGGCGAUGGAGGGCGGCGGACUUACGGCCGACGAGACUAAACCGUCCAACAAGGCUAAGCAGAUGUCGAUCGGCCGCAAAAAGUUCAAUAUGGAUCCUAAGAAGGGCAUCGAGUACCUGAUAGAGCACAAUCUGCUGACGCCGACGCCGGAGGACGUUGCUCAGUUUCUAUACAAGGGCGAGGGCCUCAACAAAACUGCGAUCGGCGACUAUCUCGGUGAACGGCACGACUUCAAUGAACGCGUGCUGCGAGCCUUCGUUGAGUUGCACGACUUCACCGAUCUCAUACUUGUACAAGCCCUACGUCAGUUUCUCUGGUCGUUCCGACUGCCCGGCGAAGCGCAGAAGAUCGAUCGCAUGAUGGAGUGCUUCGCUCAAAGGUACUGCCAGCUAAAUCCGAAUAUCUUCACCAAUACGGACACUUGCUACGUGCUGAGUUUCGCCAUCAUCAUGUUGAACACUUCGUUGCAUAAUCCGAGCGUUAAGGAUAAACCCAGCGUAGAUCAAUUUAUUUCGAUGAAUCGAGGGAUUAACAAUGGUGGAGAUCUGCCUCGGGAACUGCUUGUGAGUCUGUAUGAGAGUAUAAAAACCGAGCCUUUCAAAAUACCAGAAGACGAUGGCAACGACUUGAUGCACACCUUCUUCAAUCCCGAUAAAGAAGGCUGGCUGUGGAAGCAAGCAGGCGGACGUUACAAGAGUUGGAAGAGGCGAUGGUUCAUAUUGAACGACAAUUGUUUGUACUAUUUCGAAUAUACAACGGAUAAGGAACCACGCGGUAUCAUUCCGCUAGAGAAUAUUCAGGUCCGAGAGAUUCAAGACCGGCAUAAACCGCACUGUUUCGAAUUGUAUGCUGCUGGUUCCGAAUUUAUAAAGGCAUGCAAGACUGAUAGCGAAGGAAAAGUCGUCGAAGGGAAACAUACGGUAUACCGAAUGUCCGCCGCUACCGACGAAGAAAAAGAUGAAUGGAUCAAAUGUGUGCGACAAAGUAUAUCGCAUAAUCCUUUCUAUGAUAUGCUAGCGGCACGAAAGAAAAAAGCACAAAAAACAAAUGUACACUCAAAGAGUUAACUGCGCUGCCACAAGCCGAGUUUCGAGAGAAAUUCGGCGGAUCAGAAGACUGUUUAUUCGCGAUCCACGUACGGUAUCGUCGAAUACAACCAACGUAUACGAUGGCGAAAAUCCAUCGAGAAAGAAAGAAAGAAAACGCCGAAAGCGUUAUAGGCCGUGCCUAGUUGUCAUGGUAUGGUGCCGUGAUAAUGUGGUACACCAAGUAUCGUUGCGGUAAACGCUACGACUGCAUAUAUAAAAUACGGCAUUAAUGUGAGACAUCGUAGAUCGAGUACGGACGAUAGAAUCGGCGCAACGCGUAAGAUGGAUAUAUAUCUAGGUGGAAAUUAUAUUAAUGACAGUACGAUAACACGUCACUAUACAACACGGUGCCCGAUUGGCGUUAUAUCAGUGUAAAAGGAUCUUGCGGUAGAGAGGCCUAGCUAUAUUUCCAUUAAUUUAAUGGAUAAACUGCCUCUAUAUCCUUUCUAAUACGGUUUUGCAUACAUAGAGAAUCAAAGUCUUUACGAUAAAUAAUAACUGUAUCAUUGGAUUAAUUGACACCAAAAUAAUACAUGAGCAGAGAAAUGUCGGCUUAUUUAACAUUUCUUAUCUUGCUAAAGAAGUCAAUAAUGUCAAGAAUUGUUCCGGUAGUAGCGCAAAAUAGACGCUUUUAAUGCCCAUAACGCCAUAUCUGGCAAUAUAUUAUGUGAGGGCAACUUGUGUGUACGAAGCUAUAGCGGAGAAAACGGAAUAUUUCUUAUUUUCCGGCAGCUUUAAGACACCGCGUUAACGUGAAGCUCUACCUGAUUUUAGGAAGGUAAUAUUUGAGAUAUUUUGUAUAAAAUACAAGUAAUAUCGUUCUGUAUAGUGUAAAUGAGAGAUAAAUCGCGAUUUCCAAUUGAAAUAUUGUCAUAUUGAAAAAGGCAUAAAGCCGAGGACUCGAUAACUUCAUGUGAUAAUUAUUCGUGUGUAUUUAUUUAAACACAUGUGUACAAAAUAAAGUUAAAUGAUACGUUUUUUUCCACGAGACAACAUUAUUUUGGAUUUUUCAUGCUUGUACAAUUUAUGAAUAUAGUAUGAUUAGCCAGCUUGUAAUAAUGUUUGUUUAAUGUGAGAGAUUACGUAUAUAGAUUAUGUACAGCACAGAAAUGGACGGACGGACGGACGAGUAGACACACACAUGUACACACGCACACACAAACUGCGUACUUCUUUACAAAAUUCAGUGAUUUCCAAUUAUAUUAAAAGUGACUAAUACACAUAAUGAACUUAAAUAAAUAACUUGUGAGAUCUGGCGAGAACCUGCAACUCCAUCAGUCUUUAAAACAAAGAAAAAAAAGAAAAAAAUUCAAAGAAAUUAAUAGAUUUUAUACAAAAACAUGUAUGUGUGUGUGUGUAAAGUUUAUGUUUAAUGAUUAUACAUCUCUCUCUCUCUCUCUCUCUCUCUCUCUCUCUCUCUCUCUCUCUCUCUCUCUCUCUCUUACAUCACUCUUGAAUAAAAAUAAUAAAUUCAAAUGGAAAUAUCGGUGAUUAUAUGUAUAUUUUAUGAUGGAAUUUGUAAUUCCUUCACAACUUUAUAUUCUUUUCCUGAUGCAUAUGCACAUAGAUGAAAGAUUAGUAACAGAGAAGCAGGUGCCUUUGAGAUCGUCAAGCUAGUCAUAUAGCUGAUCCGUUAUUAUAUACGAAGCAUUCGAGGAAGAAAAAAACACUUUUCUUUGCUGUAUGCAAGGAAAGCCAAACAUCGAAAACGCCUUAUCAUGAUACGUUAGAUAUUGAAACAUUGAAAAAACCGCAAAACAAUGGUAAUAGUAGGGGGAAAAUUUUUUAAUGUUCUAUUUUAAUGUUUCUAUUGAAGAGACGUAGCCUCUGUUUAUCGCAAUAUAGAACACGCUCUAAUUAAUAAUGUAUUUAUGAAAAAGAAACAUUUUUUUAUAACGAUAUUAAAAAUACGUAAAUUAAACAAAUUGAU